CAGAGUCUCGAGCCGCGAGCCUUGCAGUUACGAGGAGCUAGCCGCGGCAAGCGGAGCGCACAAAUCCAACCGACACCGGAACCCAACACCCAAACCCAUUUGUAAUCGCCACCUAACCGAAACCACCGUAACCAGCACGAAAUCGGAACGGGGCCAGAACCAGAAACAAAACCAAAACCAAAACCGAAGAUAAGGGAGGCGCUACAAUGCUGAAUACCUUUAGUUCGGUGAGGCAGUACCUCAAGUUCGAUCUCACGCGGGUGGUCAUCGAUAACAUAGUGUUCAAGCUGCACUAUCGAUGGACCUUCGUGAUGCUCCUGGUGGCCACCCUGCUGAUCACAUCACGUCAGUAUAUCGGGGAGCAUAUCCAGUGCAUAUCCGACGGCGUCAUUGCCCCGGUCAUAAACACCUUCUGCUUCUUCACGCCCACCUUCACAGUGGUACGCGAUCAGAACCACACGGCCUUUCGACCGGGAAGCGAACCCCCCGGAAUAGGACAUUACGAUCCCGAUAAGGACACGAUCAAGCGGCAUGCCUACUACCAGUGGGUGCCCUUCGUCCUGUUCUUCCAGGCCCUCUGCUUCUACGUGCCGCACUUCCUGUGGAAGAAGUGGGAGGGCGGCAGGGUGAAGGCCCUGGUCUUCGGCCUUCGGAUGGUGGGUCUGACCAGGUAUUUGAAGAACGACAGCCUGCGGAUCGGCAAGCUGAAUAUCCCAUCGAUGGCGGAGGCGGAGGAGCGCAUCAAGGACAUUCGACGCACGAUGAUCGACAGGAUGCGUUUGAAUCAGUCGUGGGGUGCGCACUUGGUCUUUGCAGAAGUCCUCAAUCUGGUGAAUCUACUGCUGCAGAUUACCUGGACAAAUCGAUUUUUGGGCGGACAAUUUCUAUCCCUGGGACCAAAGGCCCUCAAAAACCGAUGGUCCGAUGAACUGAGCAUCCUGGACAUAGUCUUUCCCAAGGUCACCAAGUGCAGGUUCCACAAAUUUGGUGCUUCCGGCUCCAUACAGGAUCACGACACUCUCUGUGUGAUGGCGUUGAACAUUAUGAACGAGAAGAUCUAUACCAUCCUAUGGUUCUGGUACUCCUUUCUGCUCGUGGUUACUGUUUUGGGAUUGGUCUGGAGGCUCUUGACCCUCUUCUUCUACAGAAAUGUCACCUUCACGCGAUGGUCUCUAUAUUGGGCAAAGCCCGGUCGACUGGACGAUAACGAACUGUCGGCGGUAAUUGACAAGUGCAACUUCUCCAACUGGAUGUUCCUCUUCUUCCUGCGCACCAAUCUCUCGGAGUUCCUGUUCAAGAAGGUCAUCUAUCAUCUGGCCAGUGAGUUCCCAAAUCCCGACCACGACAACGAUAUCAAUGCCUAUCGAGAGGCACCGCCCGCGGCCUCAAAGUCUCGAUAUCCUGACAUCAGUAGUCUGGAUACGGUGGACUCACCCCUUUUACACCUCCGACAUCCUGCCACGCCCACUUCGGGCGCAGUCACGCCCUCUUUGGGCGUACAAGGGCCAACGACUUCGGAGAUGGCCAAACUACCUGUUUAAUUUAUGCAUUUCAAUUAACGCUAGGCAAUUAAUUAUUUGAGCUUUUGUCUUGUUUACACCUGUUUUUUUUUAUAUGAUCAUUUCAUUUUAAAUAUAUUUAUUUUUUAAGAGAG